CGGCUGCAAGAGAAACAAACGACGACGGAGAAUUACUCCCCGGUCUCCCCUUGGCUCCUUCCUUCACACCUUCCGCUAAACCGGUCGCCGCUGGUGCGUGGGGGGCCGAUCGUCGUCCGUCGUCCGUCGCUUCCGAGCCCGUGGCCCCGGGUUCAUCGCGCGCCGCCCCGAGAUCUGCCGCGGCGGGAGCUGCCGAGUAACCGACGUGCCGGUGAGCUUCUCGAAAUGGAGGAAGUGGAGGAGGCCAACAGGAUGGCCGUGGAGAGCUGCCACAGAGUGCUCGGCUUGCUCACCCAGACCCAGGGCCCGGAGCAGCUCCGGAGCAUAGCUCUCGGGACGGACGAAGCCUGUGCCAAGUUCAGGAAGGUGGUCUCCCUCCUCGGCAACGAGCCCUCCGGAGGAACCACCCAUCCUAGAGCCAAGGUUGUCAGCAGGAGGCAGACCCCCGGGUUCCUCAGCCAGAAGGGCUUCUUGGACAACAACACCCCGGUGGUGGUGUUGAACAGCGCACACCCUUCCACCAGCUCCGCGCAGGUGUAUCCUAGAAACAGCAUUUUGGAUUCGCAGCCCGCGCACCCAAUCGGAGGGCCUCCCAAGCUGGUCCAGCCAUUGUCCGCGCAUUUCCAGUUUGGCGAUUCGUCGCGGUAUAAUCAGUUCCAGCACCAGCACCAGCAGCAGCAGCAGAAGAUGCGGGCCGAGAUGUUCAAGAGAAGCAACAGCGGGAUCAACUUGAAGUUUGACAGCCCCAGUGGCACGGGCACAAUGUCGUCGGCGAGGUCCUUCAUGUCGUCUUUGAGCAUGGAUGGCAGCGUGGCCAGCCUGGAUGCCAAGUCUUCCUCGUUUCAUUUGAUCGGCGGGCCUGCUAUGAGCGACCCGGUGAACGCGCAGCAGGCUCCAAGGAGGCGGUGCUCUGGGCGUGGGGAGGAUGGAAAUGGCAAGUGUGCUGCAACUGGCAGGUGCCAUUGUUCAAAGAGAAGCAGGAAGUUGCGGGUGAAGAGGACGAUUAAAGUUCCCGCAAUUAGUAACAAAAUUGCUGAUAUACCUCCAGAUGAAUACUCAUGGAGGAAGUAUGGGCAGAAGCCAAUUAAGGGUUCCCCUCACCCCAGGUAUACUUUUUAUAGUGGAUUUUUUUAUAGUUGUGUAAAUAAAAAAAAGUGCAGAACUGCUCAUCUGAUACUUUGUAGGGUAAAUUUUAUUUUGCUACGAUUUUCUUUACUAUAUUAUACAUUUAUAGAAAGUAGUCGUGAUGAUGCUAUAAUCACCAUAAUGCAUCAACUUUGUUGGUAAAGGUGUGAUGACUUACAUGCUACUAUUAUAGAAUGCACAACUGCAUACAAACCAUGAGCUUACUCAAGUGCCUUGUGAUAACUAAUGUGUCAAUGAUAAUCAGAACACACUUUAUCCAAGGAAUGUGUUUUCUUGGGUGCUGUACAUGUUUGUUUUCUAUCCAAUACGUGAUUCGGUAUCCAUGAGGUGUCGAUGCCUUAAUUGCUACAACAUUAAAUAAUCACUUCGUGGAUGAUGACAUUCUUUCUUUUCUAUGCCACUUUCGGAAAAAAUAUGUCAAUCAUGAGCCUUAAAGCAACCACUUCCCAACCGAGAUCAUGCUAUCGUGAUUCACUUAGUCUCUCUCACUAUAUAAUAAUCCUAUCCAAAUGACUUGCCCUCCAUGUCUCUCGCUUAAAUGGCCUGAUAAUAGAAUACACAAAUAUAGCUAUACAGCAAUGGCAAUCACAUAAAUAUGGUUCUCUGAAUUGGCACAUCUUUUUUUCUCUUUUUAACAAACACUGGAUAUAGAAACAUGUCUCUUUGUACUUCUAUUUUUGUUUCAAACCCAACAUGUUGCUAAUUUUGAUUUGUCCCUGGAGAAGACUAACCAAUGGCUG